AUGGACAUCAAAACGCGCGACACUUCACCUUCCACCAAGAGCGACACCAGCCAGCUCUCCUACACAAACGACUACAACACCCUCCCUGCCACCGGCCCCACCAACCACGCCCACAUCCUCCAUCUACCCGAAACCAACGCGUCCAGCACCCAAGACGACAACCCCAAACUCCAAGACGCACUCGUCACCACGCUCUUCCACGUAUCUCCCGCAAUACUGCAGUCCUUCAUGAGCCCAACAACACACACCUUCAAAGCCAUCUUUGGCAAAAAAGACAUACAGCUUCUUAUUUGGCGCAAGGGCCUCGAAGUCUUUGUCGGCACAUACGAACACCACACCACACUAAAAGCCUACCGCUUCGAACGCGUCGCCGGCUUCCUCAUCGGGUACGACGGCGUCUGGCAUCUGCAAGUCACGGCGGCGGAUGCGUAUUGCAAUGCCAAGUGGGCGGAGGUCUGGGCUGGCAAGUUCUUUGAUUACGGGGGCGUGACGCAGAUGGUGGUGGAGGGGGAGGUAGGGAGGAUGGAAAAGAGGGCUGGGGAGUUGGCGGGGGCGAUUGUGCGGGGGAGGUUCUGGGGGCUCAAGUGCGAUGUGAAAGUUACGUGA